ACGAGACUCUGUGAAGAGUGUGAGAAGGGAGAAAAUAUAUGUCUCAAGAGAGGGUGGCAGAAAGGAGUGUAGUAUAACUCAGAGACCCUUUUUUAUUUAUUUAUUACAUGAGCCUUUUUUUUUUCUUUUUCUUCAUCAUCACUCCACAAUAACAACAACUCCAAACUCCAAACUCCAACUCCAACUACCUCUCUCUCUUAGAAAGAAAGAAGGAACAGAAAAAAACAUUUCAGUUCCAAACUGGAAGUUCUUUAUAAUCCUCCUCCCCAAGUUUUAGUUUUUAUAAGCCCUUCACAUCUGAAAAUUUUGUUUUUGUGAAGUUCAUUCAUUCAUACUACCCUUAUUUCUGUCUUUCACUGUCGGUCGGUGCCAUGAGAUCAGAAGAAAAUCCAUUAGACCUCAACAACUUACCAGAAGACUACAAUAGAGACGGAGGCUAUAGGAAGAAGAAAAGCGGCGGAAAUAAGGAUGGUAAAGACGAUGGGAAGGUCUAUGAAUGUAGGUUUUGCUCUCUCAAGUUCUGCAAGUCACAAGCUCUUGGGGGACACAUGAACCGCCACCGUCAGGAAAGGGAGACAGAAACACUGAACCGGGCUCGUCAGCUGGUCUUUACUACUGAUUCCCUCUUAGGACAAGGACCUCUUCCUCAUCACCACCACCACCACCAUUUAGGGGGACAGCCCAUUCCGACGGGAGGAUAUCAUCAUCAUCAUCCAGCCGGCAAUCUAAAUGAUCCAUCCAUGCAUUUCCGAUCAAUGUAUCCACCACCCACUAGACUAUUCUCUGAUUCCACCACCGCAGCCACCACCCUGUUACCACCACCACCACCACCACCGUACAUGUACCCUUCCCCAACCCGUCUCGUCCCACUUCCGGCCACCCAUUAUCCGGCCACAACCGAUUACUUCCUCGGCCAUGUGGUCCCUACAAACACCACCAAUCCAGAAAACAGCAGUCAAAGCCCAAUUAAUAACUACACUUGCAUUGGGGCACCAGUAAAUAUAGGGCCUCAAGGAAUUCCCAGCUUGGGUAACAACAAUUAUGAUCAUGAAGGAGGAGCAGGACUGAGUUGGGGUCGAGGGAGCUGCACGGCUGCCGGUGGUGGCGGUGGCGGUGGCGGUGGAACGACGGGCACCACCCAACACCAUCAUCAUCAGCAGCAGAAAAACCGGUUUGAUCCCACAUUGAUCAAUCGGUUUCAAGAUGGAUUCUGAUCAGGAAGUGGAGGAGGCAUUUUCAUCAUUUAAUGGAAAGAGCUGACAAACCACUCAGAGAGAAAGAGAAAGAAGAAAGAAGAAAAGCAAUUAAUUAGGAAGAGAGGAGAAUUGCAACAACAACACGCACUGACAAAAUGGAGGGGUCGAGAAAGAGAAAAAGAGAAAACAGAGUUUUUGUCCAUGUUUGGAAAAAAAAAAACAGCUUUAUUAAUAUAUGGAGUAUUUGAUUUUAGUUGUGUUUUUUUUGGGACGAUUGUACUCAAGGCUCGUAUAAUUUGACAACAAAGCUAUGAAGGGUUGUUUUUGGAAUGUCAAAAAAAAGUUUUCUGAUUGGGUUUGGAAUUGAGUUUUGAGGAGUAGAUUCAUGGGAAAAAUGCGGGUUGCAGAAGAGACAGGGACUUAGAAUUGAACUGAAACACCAAUG